GUCAAAUUGUUCUCCCAUCAUUGUCUUCUGUCCCAUCCUGAAAAAAGGAUCAAUGGUGAGGCACAUGGAACACUGCUUUCUGAAGACUUUCCGUACAUCACAUGAAAGCUACAGAUGCAGUCAGCAUGAGAGAAAGUGCCAUUGCAGCCUGUUAAAUUACAAGAUGGUAAUCUUCAAGGGUGAUACCUAUUGGAAAAAUUCCGUGGACCAAGCUGCUUCCCAAGUUCCUUUUAAGUAGGCUAAAUUGCUGCGGAGUAUCUUUUUCUGAUUCUGUUUCUAAAUUUGCUCUUAGUCUAAAACAAGCUAUCAGGAAAAGAGGUGGAAGAAAUGGGUCUGGCUCUCCCCAGAUAAAUGAAGGAAAUAUACUGCCCCUUGAAAAUACUCAUUAGUUUAUUCAUUUAUAACUGCUGCAGCUGGACCACAGUCUACUACAGGAGACAAAACUCAUCCUAUUUCCAUUCCCUUUUAGUUAGUGGAAUUGUAAUGAUAGAAAACAAGUGUAUAUGUAGGUAAAUAAAAUAAUAUUUCUUAUCAUAUCAAUUUUACAACCAAUUUCCAUUAGAUGCGUUCAUUACUAGUACUUCAUAAUCCACAGUAGGUGAGUUUAAUAUCAUAGAUAAUUUGGGAAAGGAAGUUUUUGUCAACUGAUUUUUGACUCCUAAGAUGAGCAUUUUAGUUGAAUAGUUCAUUAACUGAAAUCUCCAAGAAAGCUGAGGUAUGUCAGCCUGUAUAAUAUUUUUUUCUAUAGAAAAAAGUAUCAAUAUUCUAAGAUUUAAGAGGCAAAUAAUUCCUAUACAGUAUUUACAGACUGAAGUGACUUGAAAGUUUUCUUGUUUAUGCAUCUUUUUCUUCUAAUGGUUUAAAAUUACUAAUGUUAUGAUGUAUGUAAAAUACAAGAACCAUAUUUUACAAAAUGUUCCAGAUACAAUAGAAUGCACAAUAUAAAAUGCAUGUUAUCAUACAAUUUAGUUAUUUUAAGAUUCAAUUAAGUUUACUUUUAUCUGCUUUGUUUUAAAUAUUAUUUGCAAUAAUUUUAUAAUAGUUUUCAGUUAUCAGAUUUUAUGUACCAUUUCAGAAAAAUAAUUGGUUGCUGUUGGUCACUGUUUAAGCCAAGAAAAAACCUGCAUUUGAAUUACUGCAUUUCACUUAGUAAUUGAAUUCAUGCUCUUGACUUACUUUAUAUUCUCAUGUUAGGAUUUGGAAUCUUACAGAAACUUGUGAAAAUAAAUCUGCCUAUGGAACAGCAUCUCCAAUAGAAAAGUCUGAUAAAGGAUUGAUUAUGCUUUCUUCAAAUAACUCAAGUGAUUUGACUCAUUGCUCUGACUUUGGAAAUAGAUCCUGUUCUCAGACCCUUAGGUCACCUGGAGUACAAGGGGUAAUGUACCUAUACAUAACAGCAGCCUUCAUUCUCACCAUCUUAGGGAAUCUGGCCAUAGUCUUCUCUAUCUUAUAUUUCAAGCAGCUCCAUUCUCUGACCAAUUUCCUCAUCCUGUCCAUGGCUGUCACUGAUUUCCUGCUGGGCUUUGCCAUUAUGCCUUAUAGCAUGGUGAGGUCUGUGGAGAACUACUGGUAUUUUGGGAUGACAUUCUGGAAAGUUCAUUACAGUUUCAACCUCAUGCUCUGCUUAGUUUCCAUUUUCCAUCUUAGUUCCAUUGCUGUGGAUCAGUUUUAUGCAAUCUGCCAUCUUCUGCAUUACACCAGCACCAUAACUGUCAUCACCAUAAAACAAGUCCUAGUAGUGUGCUGGUCAGUGCCUGUGGCUUUUGUUUUUGGUGUGGUUUUCUCAGAAGCUUACGCUUCUGGAAUUAAGAGCUAUGAAAUGCUGGUUAAAUGCUCGAGCUCAUGUCCUGUUAUGUUCAACAAACUAUGGGGGACUAUUUUAUUCACAGUUGGUUUACUUGCUCCUUCUUGUAUAAUGAUAGGGAUUUAUGUUAAAAUUCUUACAGUAUCCCAAAGGCACAUAUGUGAGUUGAGCCAGGCACAAAGACAAACAAAAAAUAAGACAAAUGAUCUUUCUGGGAAUAAAGAUAGGAAUCCAUUAAUAUACAGAAAUCCAUUAAUAUAUGGCUUUUUCUAUCCAUGGUUUCAGAAAACAUUUAAAUAUAUCUUAAAAAGCAAGAUAUUUAACCCAUAUUUUUGUACAAUAGAACUUCUAGAUGAAGAUCAGUCACAGUAAUAGAUUCUACUACAGACAGCAGCUCUAGAAAUGAAGAACUGUGGGUUACUAAAUAUUCGUUAUAUGUAUAUAUAUAAAAUUGCUGAAUAUUCAAAAUUCAAUAAUAUGAAUUAUCCAUAUUAGUAAAAUCCUGAAACACACAAUAUGAAUUUUAAUUCAGUCCUGUAAAAU